AUGAAGGACUCGCUGUCGCUGCUCGCCAGGAUCCCAGCCCACCCUGACUCUCGCUGCUGGUUCCUGGCCUGGGACCCCUCUGGGACCCUGUUGGCCUCCUGCGGGGGAGACCGCAGCAUCCGCAUCUGGGGCAAGGAGGGGGAUGGCUGGGUGUGCAAGUCGGUGUUGGGCGAGGGGCACCAGAGGACCAUCCGGAAGGUAGCCUGGUCCCCGUGUGGGAGCUACCUGGCUUCAGCCAGCUUUGAUGCCACCACCUGUAUUUGGAAGAAGAGCCAGGAUGAGUUUGAGUGUGUGACCACCCUGGAGGGACAUGAAAACGAGGUGAAGUCCGUAUCCUGGGCCCCAUCCGGCAGCCUCCUGGCCACCUGCAGCCGAGACAAGAGCGUCUGGGUCUGGGAAGUGGACGAAGAGGACGAAUACGAGUGUGUGAGUGUCCUGAACGCCCACACGCAGGAUGUCAAGCACGUGGUCUGGCAUCCCAACCAGGAGCUGCUGGCAUCAGCCAGCUAUGACGACACGGUGAAGCUGUACCGUGAAGAGGAGGAUGACUGGGUGUGCUGUGCCACGCUGGAGGGACAUGAGUCCACGGUGUGGAGCCUUGCCUUCGACCAGAGUGGGGAGCGCCUGGCCUCCUGCAGCGACGACAAGACCGUGCGCAUCUGGCACCAGUACAAACCAGGCAAUGAGCAAGGGGUGGUCUGCAGCGGCGCUGACCCCAGCUGGAAAUGCAUCUGCACCCUGUCUGGCUUCCACACCAGGACCAUUUACGAUGUGGCAUGGUGUCGCCUGACAGGAGCAUUGGCUACAGCCUGCGGAGAUGAUGCUAUCCGCAUAUUUGAGGAAGAGCCGCUGUCAAGUCCCCAGCAGCCCACCUUCGCGCUGACCGCCCACAUGCCCAGGGCUCACUCCCAGGACGUGAACUGUGUGGCCUGGAAUCCCAAGGAGCCGGGGCUGCUGGCUUCAUGCAGCGAUGAUGGAGAAAUGGCGUUUUGGAAGUACCAGCGGCCAGAGGUUUGCUGAGAAACCCAGCAGUGCAGUGACCCCAGCACAGCCACGGGCCCAGGGCUGUUGUGUGCAGCAGCAGCCGUUAAAUGUUUUGCUAAGA